UGUCUUGUGGUUGCAGCCAUUGUCACGACGUUGCGGGGGAGACAGGGGGAACAAAAACACACAAGCCAAGUCGCCCGCCAAGGAGGAAACGUGCCCUCCCUCCCUCUCUGCGUCUGGGAGAUUCUCGAGCGCCAUGGAGACGGAAUGCAAGACGCUGUGGAUGGGCGACAUCCAGAUGCACUGGGACGAAACCUUCAUCGCGUCGCUCUUCACGUCGGCCGCAGAGCAGCCGGUGGUCAAGUUGAUCCGUGACAAGGUGACGGGGUAUCCUGCAGGUUACGGCUUCCUUGAGUUCCCGACACCACGAGGAGCUCAACAAGUGCUGGACGCAUACAACGGCCAACUUAUCCCGAACACGAUGCAUCGGUUCCGGAUGAAUUGGGGCGCUGGUGGCCGUCGUAUUGAGACGUCGGAUGAUCACUCGAUCUUUGUAGGAGACUUGGCGCCCGAUGUGACGGACGAGCUGUUGCUGAACACUUUUAGUGCUCGGUUUACCACUGUGAGAGGCGCCAAAGUGGUCAUGGACCCGGUUACACGCAUGUCCAAGGGCUUCGGCUUCGUGCGAUUCGGCAGUAAAGAGGAGGCCGACCAAGCUCUACAGACCAUGAACGGCGUGUACUGCUCCUCUCGUCCCAUGCGUGUCAGUGUGGCUACAGAGCGGAACAAAUCGCGACAACAAGUUGGCUUCGGUAUGGGCGAGGAAGAAGGCACCAACACGACGGUAUUUGUGGGUGGACUGGACCCUUCAACGACGGAGGACGAACUACGUGCGAGGUUUGGAGCUCUGGGAGAGAUUGUGUCGGUUAAAGUGCCCCCUGGACGUGGCUGUGGCUUCGUGCAGUACACGUCGAAAGAAGCAGCGGAAGUAGCCAUUUCGCAGAUGAACGGUACGGUUAUUAGUGGGGUUAAGGUGCGAUGUGCGUGGGGUCGAUCGGCGGCUGCACGUGCAGCCAACCACAACAGCUACUACAACCAGCAGUACGGACAGUACCAGGCUGGAUACCAGAACUACUAUGGCUACAAUGCUGCAUAUGGCUACCCUCAGUACCAACAGGGUGCUUAUGGCUACACUGCCUAUGGACAGUAUGCCCAGCAGGGCAACCAGCCGCAAAGUGGAUACCAACAGCAACAGCCUGGUGGGCAACAAGCACACCACGCCAACUAUGGCCACCAGCGUCAGCAGCACGACCAGCAGCGCGACUUCACGCGACCCGACGACAUUGAAGCUAUGAACCGCCGCUACGCCUCCCAACGUGCGUACCAGCAUAUUCCUCCGGCUUCUAACGCGUCGUACACUCCGAUGGCAGCGGAUGUAGCCAAUGGAACUGCUAUGGCUGGCUCCAUGUAAACGCAGAGGAUUGAGAGGAAUGAGGCGGUUAAAAGGGCACCCUCCACAAGCCAGAUGAGGGCAUUGCCAGAUGAAUGAGGAUGCCCUCAAGGGGCGGCAAAAGUGUGAGGGAGGGGGUGGUGUGGAGUGCAGGAGACGGAAGCGUGUGAACGACAUUUAUUGGCACGGGCGAGCGUGAAAUGCUGAUGAAGAGUUUCUGUUUUUUCGUUUUUUUUUUCUUGUUUUGUCGUUGUUUUCGUUGUUGUAAAAUGGCAUGUGAGUUGAUCGUAGCUCUGUAGCCAUGUUCUGAAUCGGAUUCUCGUUCUCAUUUCGAUGGCUUCUCGUCCAGUAAGAGCUGCGCCUCCUUCACUGCUGCUUGGAACAGCUUUAGCUGCUCAUUCUUGAAGGCGAGCUGCUUCUUGAGUGUCUCGUGGUGCAGCAACAGCUCCGAGUGGUUCGAUUCCAGACGCUGUAGCUCGCUCUCGGCGUCUUCCAUUGUCAGCGGGGUCUUUAUGCCAUGAAAGAUAAAAUACUCGAAUGAAAAAAAAGCGUACCCAUUUCCCCAAAUAUUCAAUUCACAAAAAGUGCUUUUUUAAAACCAAA